AUGGUGGGGAAGCAAGUUCUUUUCAGUCUCGCAGUCUUCCCUCUGCUUGUGUUCCAUGUUGCCGUUGCCUAUACUGGCUCCGGCUUUGCAAGGACAACCGGAACCCAUUUCGUUGUGGACGGGCGCCCAUUCCACUCCAAUGGAUUUAACGCGUACUGGUUGAUGCUCAAGGCAUCGGACCCGGCCGAAAGGGGCAAGGUGUCCACCGUCCUCCAACAGGCGUCCGCUUAUGGAAUGAGAGUGGUCAGGACCUGGGCCUUCAGCGACGGUGGGAACAGUCCCCUGCAGUGCUCCCCUGGCUCUUACAAUGAGGCUAUGUUCAAGGGUUUGGACUUUGUGAUCGCGGAGGCUAAGAAGAAUGGAGUGUAUCUGAUACUGAGUUUGGUGAAUAACUACGCAGACUUUGGAGGGAGGAAGCAGUAUGUUCAGUGGGCAAAGGGCAAGGGACAGUACUUGGGUUCCGAUGAUGACUUCUAUUCGAACGAUGUCGUCAAAGGAUUUUACAAGGAUCAUGUGAAGACGGUUCUUACGAGGGUGAACACGAUAACGGGAGUGGCAUAUAAGGAUGAUCCCAUCAUCUUUUCAUGGGAACUCAUCAAUGAACCACGAUGCCAAAGUGACCUCUCUGGCAAAACUCUCCAGGCUUGGGUCACAGAGAUGGCUGCUUAUGUUAAAUCCAUAGAUAGCAAUCACAUGCUUGAAGUUGGGUUGGAAGGGUUCUAUGGGGAAUCUAGGCCUGAAAGGAAGCAAUUCAACCCUGGCUAUGAGGUCGGCACCGAUUUCAUCGCUAAUAAUAUGGUCCCUGAGAUUGACUUUGCCACCAUCCAUGCCUACCCUGAUCAAUGGAUUUCAGGUUCAAAUGAGGCCCAAAUGGCAUUCCUCAAGAGUUGGGUUCAAUCACAUACUGAUGAUGCUGGUGCAUUCCUUGGAAAGCCACUUAUGAUCACAGAAUUUGGCAAGUGCUCCAAGACUUCAGGGUACACCGUAGGCGAAAGGGAUGCCUUGUUCUCGGAUGUGUACGGUGAGAUCUACGGCUCAGCCAGAGCCGGGGGCCCGUGUGCAGGUGGCCUCUUCUGGCAGGUGUUAGCCCCAGGGAUGGAUAACUUUGGAGAUGGCUAUGAGAUCAUAUUUUCAGAAUGCCCCUCGACGACGAGUAUCAUUGCCCAGCAAUCCCGAAAGAUAAGAAGGUUAGGGAGAAGGCGACGGCGGCGGCGAGGAAAGUUGUAUGUGAGGAGGGGUAGUUUCAAGUAUGACCCACUAAGCUACUCACAGAAUUUUGAUGAGGGUGGAGGUUGGGAAGAGGAGGAAGAGACGGAGAGAUCCUACCGUGGGUUCUCUUCGAGGUUUGCCGCGCCUCAGCCUCUGAGUUCAGGUCGGCCACAGAGUCCAUGAAGAGCUCUCUAAGGUGGGUUGCCCUAGCUCUCUUCUCCUUCUCUCCUUUCUCUUUGGUGAUUGGUAGUUUUGGAGGUCAGUAGAUGGGUUGGUGGGAUGAGGAUGUGCUACCAGAGCUACCUUAAUUAUAUAUUAAAAUAACACAAUUUGUUUGGAUAUAUUGUAAAUGUUGUUUGUCAUGUAACAUUUGUUUAUGAUGAUUGAUAUGCACUUGCCAACUUUCCAAAACACACAAGGAAAAGGUUAAUUUCUUUCCAAGC